CCCCACCCCUCCCCUUGCGAGUGUCUCCGUCUCCCUCUCGCUCCCUCUCUCCCUCUCUCUCUCUUUUGUGAGUUAUAGCAACCGUUGCCUUGUGAAUCAAGCGCCAUAGUCACCGUAGUCCUGGCGACUGUUACCCAUCAACAACAACUACUCCUGUCCUCCUCCUCCUCCUCUUCCUCCUCCUCCUCCCCACCACCACCACCAUCUCCAUCACCCACCAACAACACCACAAUAAUCCACAGCCAAGAGACCAUCAUGCAGACAUCAGAGACCGGGUCGGACACAGGUUCGACAGUGACUUUACAGACAUCUGUGGCUAGUCAAGCAGCAGUGCCUACACAGGUGGUACAGCAAGUACCAGUACAACAACAGGUACAGCAGGUGCAGACUGUGCAACAGGUACAACAUGUCUAUCCAGCUCAGGUGCAGUAUGUGGAAGGAAGCGAUACUGUGUAUACCAAUGGAGCAAUCCGAACAACAACUUAUCCUUAUACAGAAACACAGAUGUACAGCCAAAACACUGGAGGGAAUUACUUUGAUACUCAAGGGAGUUCUGCACAGGUGACUACCGUGGUCUCGUCCCACAGUAUGGUGGGCACUGGUGGGAUUCAGAUGGGCGUCACAGGAGGACAACUCAUCAGUAGCUCUGGAGGAACCUAUCUGAUCGGCAAUUCAAUGGAGAAUUCUGGUCACUCAGUGACACACACCACUCGGGCCUCCCCAGCAACAAUUGAAAUGGCGAUUGAGACGCUGCAAAAGUCUGACGGUCUGUCCACUCACAGAAGCUCUCUUCUCAACAGCCAUCUCCAGUGGCUGUUGGACAAUUAUGAGACAGCAGAAGGAGUGAGCCUUCCCAGAAGCACUCUAUACAACCACUACCUACGACACUGUCAGGAACACAAACUGGACCCAGUCAAUGCUGCUUCUUUUGGAAAACUAAUAAGGUCAAUUUUUAUGGGGCUACGAACCAGGAGAUUGGGAACUAGAGGAAACUCCAAGUACCAUUACUAUGGGAUUCGUGUCAAACCAGAUUCCCCUCUUAAUCGUCUGCAAGAAGAUAUGCAGUAUAUGGCUAUGAGGCAACAACCCAUGCAACAGAAACAAAGGUACAAGCCUAUGCAGAAAGUGGAUGGGGUUGCAGAUGGUUUCACAGGAAGUGGUCAACAGACAGGCACAUCUGUUGAGCAAACUGUAAUUGCCCAAAGUCAACAUCAUCAACAGUUUUUAGAUGCAUCUCGAGCACUUCCAGAGUUUGGAGAAGUUGAAAUCUCUUCUCUGCCAGAUGGUACUACCUUUGAGGAUAUCAAGUCACUGCAGAGUCUUUAUCGAGAGCACUGUGAGGCAAUAUUGGACGUUGUUGUGAAUCUUCAGUUUAGCCUGAUAGAAAAAUUGUGGCAAACAUUCUGGCGCUAUUCUCCCUCUACUCCAGCUGACGGCACUACCAUUACUGAAUCAAGCAAUCUGAGUGAAAUAGAAAGUCGACUUCCGAAAGCAAAGCUGAUAACUCUGUGCAAACAUGAGUCUAUCCUGAAAUGGAUGUGUAACUGUGACCAUGGGAUGUACCAGGCUUUGGUGGAGAUUCUCAUCCCCGACGUCCUUAGACCUAUUCCUAGUGCCUUGACCCAAGCCAUUCGAAAUUUUGCUAAAAGCCUUGAAGGUUGGCUUUCCAAUGCCAUGAACAAUAUUCCACAGAGAAUGAUACAAACCAAGGUUGCCGCUGUAAGUGCCUUUGCCCAGACUCUGCGAAGAUAUACGUCGCUCAAUCACCUGGCCCAGGCAGCUCGUGCAGUGCUUCAGAACACUUCUCAAAUCAACCAGAUGCUCAAUGACCUCAACCGUGUUGACUUUGCCAAUGUCCAGGAGCAGGCUUCCUGGGUGUGCCAGUGUGAUGACAACAUGGUUCAGAGACUAGAAACAGACUUCAAGAUGACUCUUCAGCAGCAGAGCACCCUGGAGCAGUGGGCUGCAUGGCUUGACAAUGUGAUGAUGCAAGCACUGAAGCCCUAUGAAGGCAGACCCAGUUUUCCUAAAGCUGCCAGGCAAUUUCUGCUAAAAUGGUCUUUCUACAGCUCGAUGGUUAUUCGGGACCUAACCUUGCGUAGUGCUGCUAGCUUUGGCUCCUUCCACCUGAUCCGUCUACUCUACGAUGAGUAUAUGUUCUACUUAGUAGAGCAUCGUGUUGCUCAGGCAACAGGAGAGACACCCAUAGCAGUCAUGGGCGAGUUUGGUGAUUUAAACGCUGUGUCUCCUGGAAAUCUGGAUAAAGAUGAAGGCAGCGAAGUGGAAAGUGAAAUGGAUGAAGAACUAGAUGACUCUUCAGAACCUCAAGCCAAAAGAGAGAAAACGGAGCUGAACCAGGCAUUUCCAGUGGGUUGUAUGCAGCCUGUUCUCGAGAGCAGUGUGCAACCGAGCCUCCUGAAUCCAAUUCACAGUGAGCACAUCGUCACGAGUACUCAGACUAUCAGACAGUGCAGCACUACAGGAAAUACCUACACUGCAGUCUAAAGAAUAUUAAAGUGUAUUUUUCCAGCUAACAUUAAUCCUGUUGAUAUUGGGCUUAAGUCAAAAAUUUAAUAAGCCUGAAGGACGACUGUUGUCAAAUUUUAUCUGUGCUGAACAUUACCUUUUUGGAGUUGUGAAAUGGAAUGGGUGUAUGUGUUUUGCCAGGUCUUUUUUUUUUUUUUUUUUUUUUUUUUUAAUAAUUAGGGGAUAUCCCAAAAGGAAUGAACAGAUACAUUGUGAUCUCUUAGUUUCAGGUGUCAAGAAGGAUUUUUACAACACAAUGUUUUUGUUUUCUUAUAAUUAAAAAUAAUUUACAUUUUUUGUAGCUUAAAAUAUUUUACUGUUGGUUGUUAGUCUUGGUGUAUGAUUUCAUGUGUAAGUUUUUAAUUAGAUGCACUUCUGUGAAAUAUCAAAAGAAAUGAAUUUCUUUGAUUUACACUGGAGGCAUGCCCAUUUGGCAGCAGAUGCAUCAAAUUUGCUUUUGAAAGGUGCUUUAUAUUGGACAGAACCACAAGACACUAUUUUGAUAACAUUUUGGAGUAUGGAGAGAGAAUACAGAGCAUUUUUAUUAUAGUGCUAGAGGGUUGGGAAGGUCAUCUAUUUUUCUCUGAAGAAAAAUUGAGCUGUGCAUUUAUCAGUUCAGAGUAAAUGACAGAAUUGCAAGAGAUUAUGCUAAUAUGUACAUAAUUUGUGUACAUAAUUAUUAAACCAUGUUAAUGCAAGCUUCCGUUAAACAUUGAAUUUUAACUGUUAUUUGCAUACCAAUUCCUCUGUUUAAUGACUACUGAUUCUGUAUUUGGGACCACUGCACAGAUGCAUUCUGCUGUUGAGUGGGGCUGUUAUAGUUAGAUACUAAAGCUGAAAAAAUGACUUGACUUUUUUUUUUUUUUUUAAGUGUACAUGCUACUUAUGCUGAGCUGGACAUACAGGAAACCAUUCCAUUUGGAUGACUUUCUUUUAUUCCAGGUCUUAUUCCUAAUAGUAGUUCAAUAUGCUGCUAUUAUAAAAGAAAAUUUAUAGAAUGCAAGGAAUGUAGCAACCUGCAUGUUGUUAUUUCCUUCAAAAAUAUUUCCUGGUUUCUAAAGUAUGUGGAUUUAAAUUUUAAACAGAACCUAAAGGCAGUGUAACUGGCACACCGCACUGUUGCUUAUCCCCAAUUCUGUAGGAUUUGGAUAGGUGGCUGGAUGGACCAGUGCCAUUGAAGAAUGUACAUCAGGGAUCAUCGUACCUCGGCUAUUACAUGGUGCCUUAAAACAGAACUGAAGCUAAGGUUUAGUAAGGCUUAUUUAGUUCAUGUGAAUUCUUCUUCAAUCCAUUUGACAAGGUGUGCCUGUCAUUUUCAAAUUCCCGAAGUAAGGACAGGUUACGUGUUCUUCAAAGGAAAUUUAGGGCAAACAAAGCGAAACAAAAAGACAAAAAGUCAGUUUCCCUCUUUGAGUGACCGUGAACCUAUUUUUUGUUCAUAGAGCUGAAUAUUACUUGGUUACAAAUCAGAUUGCUUAAGGAUAUGGAAGAGCUGGCUAGUUUUUAAUUUGUUACAUAAAAUCAUGUAUGUUUUAGACCGUUCUUAUCUAGUUAUAAUUUAAGAAAGUUAACAAAAUUAGUAGGUACUUAUUGAAGUGCAUCUUUUCGAUCUAAAUAUUUGUAUGUGUGUCUCGGUGUCUGUGUGUCCACAUGCACACGUGAGUGCCCUCCAGCAGGAGUCAGCUAUAAACGAGAAGGAGAGAUCCUAGAGUGGAUACACCCAUCCCCAUUUUAAUUGACAUGAAGAGCCCAGGUUCUUUUAAGCACUCAAAUUAUUAACAACAACAACAAACACAAAAAACAGGCACAUCCAUUCAUUUAAAUAGUUCUAAAAAAAGCUAAUCAGCAAAAAUAAAUACAUAAAGCCAAAAAAAAGGGAAAGCACAAAAUGAUUUACAGAUUAUUAAUGAGGCCUGUAGUAAACUCAAGAUAUUUAUCUUUACAGUUUUAUCGGGAUGGUGGGUGGGGGGGUGGAAAGAAGGGGUGAGCCAAUCUGUAAAGUUAAAAAUACCAAAUGGCUUAUCGAGUAAUACGCAGUGUAUUUCAACUUGUUGCUCGAUUGCCUUAGAACUAAGAUCAACAAAGUUUCUUAAGUAAACUUUAAAUGUUUUAGACGUAAUUUUAAAAAUUGAUUCAAAUUUUGUAUUAUACAUCUCACUCAUAUAUUUGAAAUUCUCUAUAGCUCAUCACCUUCAUUUAAAUAUCAUUUAAAUGAUCAUCCCUCUAUUUUUUUUGCCAAAAAGGCAAUGGCUUUGCACCAUCACACAUACACACAAAGGCAAACAAGCAAACAAAGCACCUUAAGUUGCAAAGACUUAUAUCUACUUCAUUGUACAUUAGAAAACAUUUACAGAUACAUUUAAAUCAAAAAACGAAAAAAACACUUUUUGUUUUGAUCUCCUUUCUGAACUUUUUACUUCCUCCCAUAUCUACCACCUCCAGAGCUAUGCUAUAUCUGUAUUGGACCAAAAGUAUUUCCUGGUUUCAUCUUGUUUAUGGAACAAUUUUAAAUAUAUUUAUUAUCAUUAUUUCCUUUAAUUUAAUGUUGAAUAUAUUUGUAUUGUUAGAGGAAUCUGAUGAUAAUGGGCAAAUUUAGAUUAAUGAAAGUCAGCUAUUGGGGAUCCUCCAGGAUUCAACAUUUCUUCCAGUUGUUCAUGGUUUAUUCUGAAUUUGGACAGAUUAGUAAUUAAUAAAUAUUAUUACAUUUCAACUUGACUCACUAAAAAUAUUCCGAUCUCCUUUAUGAACACAAGAACAUUAAUUCUUUGUGACUAGUGUAGAUAGUCCUGACCAAUAGACAAAAUGACAUAUAUGAUCUAUGCUUCUAGUUGUUUGUAGUCCACAGUAAGACACACAUACAUAUAUGCAAUCACAAACAUCUUAACAAUUUUGAAUUUGAAUUCAAAUAAAUAUUUUCUAAUAGUGAAGUAUAUUAGAAAAUAAAAACAUAAUUUAUACAUUUGAGCAAAUUAGAGCAAUUACAUUUAUUGCAUUUAUUGAACAUUUUAUUACCAUUUGUUCAUUCAUUGAAACUGUGACUUUCCUAAUUAUAUUAGACACUAAAACUCUCAGUAGAUUUAUUGACAAGUGACAGGGACACAUUUGAAGAACUUCUUAAUAUUUCCUACCAUUGUAAUCAAACACACUAGUCAUGAAAAAUAUCUACAUAGACCAAGUGCUAUUCUUUCAGUGAGGAAAAAAUGUGAGGAAGGUAUGUGAGUAUUUUUAAGUUUUAGAAAAGAUAUUUCCAUUUAAUAGGAUUGAAUAUCGUGAGUGUAAUUCGAUCUUCACAUAUAUUUUGAGAAUCAUACCAAAAGAUUUGCAUUGAUGAAGCCAGUGAACAAUAGGGUGAAAUGGGUGAACCAUCUCCUUGGAACACAGAGCCCAAUUAAAAAAAUUUUUUUAGAUAUUAAGUGGCUGGUCACUUUUUCAGGAUUCUCAUCCAAACUAUGUUUGGACUGACUGUAUAAGUCUUACUGCCUUUUCAGAAAUCUGCUUUCCUUUUUGUGCUUUUUCUUGUACUGUAUAGCACGGUUCAUGCACCUCUUUUUAGAUGGUGUACUUUAAAAACAAAAGUAAUUUUAGAAAACGGUUUUAACACUGCAUACCUAAAAUUAGUAGUGUGCAACAUUGACUGCCUUUGAUUUGUAGUAGACAAGUAAAAAUGAACACGUUCUUGUAGAACGCUGUCAGAGUCAUUCAGGAAUGAAUACGGUUUCAUUACCGUAAUCAUGAACCUUUUUACAUGAAUGCACUUCUCUAAAAGUGCUAAACGUGAUGCAUUUUCAAAUUAAAAAAAAAAAAUUCUUCAGACGAUGUAUUUGAAAUGUCUAAAAUAACGCUGUGCUUGAAAUAUUAGUGUAAAAGAAAAAAAUGUGUGUCACUGUGAUGUUGGUCCUCCCUGUGUGGACACAAGUAGAAAGUUAAAAUCUUUGGUAAGUCACCUAUAUGUACAAUUUGAGGCAGUGGUUAUAUAUAACAAACUGAUCUUUGUUAUAACCUCCCCUCCCCCAAAUUCAUGGUGAAAAAAUAACAAACAUCAAAAUAUUGAAAUCAGACCUUGUGAUUUGUAUGAAUCACACUAGAACAUGGGGGAGAGAGGUUGACAUGCAGUGCUAUUGAAAAUUGGGCUUGUCACUAGAUCAGAUCAACCUCCAUGUAUGUGGUUAGAACAAAUCAAUUAAUGGAAUCCUAGUAUUUCUGCAAAUUCGGUGAUUUUUUUUUUCAAACUGGAAUAGAAGCAUUAAUUCAGUGCUUAGUUCUAGUACUAGAAAACCCCUUUGAUGUAAUGCCUUGUAUUAACCCUUUGAGCAUUGUAAGAUAUACAAUGGGGGACAAAAGCCUUUCAGAUCGUUUAUUUAGACUUAGACCGGUAAAAUAUACUCUAUAUCCAAAUGUCUAAUUAUGCUGUUUUUUUAAAGGGGGGGUAGGAAGAGGAAGUGUUUCCAUGCUGAACACUUGCAUUUUAUAUACAACUCUUAAUUUUCUUCAAGAGGGCUUGAUAUAUUUAUUCCCAAAUAUUCACUGCCAUCUAAGUAAGUGUACUGUUUACAGAAAAAAAAAAAUCAACUUUUCUAGCAUCACAGCAUGACUCUAGAAAAGGAGGACAAUACAUAGGCCUGUAGACCUAUGUCAUAACCGAUCUCUGCACAUUGAAAGUACCUAGAUUGCCUUUAAAAGGUAUGAUAAAGAAAGGGUUACAUUUUUUUUUUCCCAAAACAAAACAAAACAAAACAAAAGAUUUCAUUUAUUUAGCUUUAGAAAGUUCAAUGUCAGUGAAGCCUUAGGAAGAAAUGAGUUCAAGUGGAUAAAGAAAAGCUGAACUCUUUGGGGGCAGGUAAGCUAUUUGGAGUUAGAUCUCAUAACAUAUUGUUUGGGAAUUUCAUACAGGGCAUAAUUUUAUCUAUGCUCCAAACUUUAAUACUUUGUCAAAGAAUUAUAUCUAGAUAGAAUGGAAAGCAAAGCACUUGAUUUUAAGCUCAUCUGUCAGGAGAUGCUAUGACUACUGCUUCUGAUAUCUGUAAAUGCCAGUAUGCUUAUACAAUUUCUGACUUUAUUCAAGGGACGCUCUGCGUGCACUGGACCCCUCUGUCCCCUGCGUGAUAGAACAUGAGAGCAGUGUCGUCUGCAGAUGUGCUUGCGCUGCCCUAGCCAGGCGUAAAUAAGAGUGUAACCUAUUUCAAUGUCUGGUGAAAGGACAUUCAUAAGCCUAGUGCAAGUUUGCCGUAAACAUUGCUUUUUGGGCAGUUUAGGAAGUCAAACCAUGCAAAUUACUCAUGUGUUAACAUGCAAUACUCAAAGGGUUUUAAUUUAAUUCUCUUCUUUUGAAUUCUUCAUGAUGAUUUACUGUAAAUGCUUCUCAGUUUGCAUGCUCUGAUCAUUGCUGCUAGUGAUUUUAUGUGCCAGUAGACCUGAGUUUAGUUUACCAAUUUUACUUAAAUAGUAAAAGCCACUUACAAAGUGACUGCCUAGGAUUUUUUUCUUUUGUUUGAAGUAAUUGGUAAUAAUGUCAUUUUCAAAACUGUUUUGUCUCUUCUUUUAUUGAUUAUGGUAUUUGAUUUUUUUUCCCUCUUUCCUUUGUUUUUAAAAUAAAUUAUGAUGUUGGGAUUGGAAGCCCUGAGUAAUGAAAUCUUUGGUAAGAAUUGUUUAUGUAGCUCAAUAAUGAGGACAAUAAAUCUUUGUUAGAAGAAUUAUGAUUCUGGGGAGGAAAGAAAAAAUGAAAACUCCCAUUGACUGUUGAACAAGUAAAUUCUUUAAAGAAUUAAUAGUUUUGAACAAAUGAUUGCCUUGUUUUAACCUGCUAACCAUAAUUUCAAAUGACUCAAUAAAGGAAGUAUUGAAUUUUAUUCAUUUAAAAAGCAUCUUUUGUACCAAAGCAAAUUUUUUUCUCUACUCAUCUCCAUCAUCAAUUGGGACCUAUGGUGGUGACCAACGUGUUAGUUACAGAAACUUUAAGUGAGUGCCUUGAGAAAACUUGGAAAUUUGUGCCUGGGGUGGUAAACUUUUAAUUAGGUUAAUUGUAGUGCUUACCAAUCAGUAAUUCUACUAUCACUCAGGGCUUUCGUACCUUCUAGGUAAAACUUCUUUCAUUGUGUUUUUUUAAAAUACUGUAUUUUUUUUUAAGUGCCAUCAUUUAAAUUUCACUUAGUAAGUGGCAGAUUACAUUAUUCAGUCCCACAAGCACAGAAACAUAGUAACACUAGGAGAUAUUUGAACAUUUAUUUUACAAUCGACUGAAUAUAUUAUGUAAAUGAGGUAAGCAACUUUUGUAGAGAUUGUAUGUGUGAGAUAAUGUAAUGUUCUUUUCCAGUUUUUGGACUACAGUUGAAUAAACUUUUUAAUUAUUUAAAAACAUCUUUACCGAAUAACAUGUGAUGGUUUUUUGUAUAAUGUAUUUGAUUUUGUAAAUACGUAUUUCCUGAUGUGAUUUUUGUGAGAAAUGCUAAAUCUUUUAGUAUAUCAUGUCCUCUCAAAAUUGGCAGGAGCUAAAUAAUAGUUUGUGGGCGAUUUGUAUUGUGUACUGUACAAUAACUGGGGAACUUUUAUAAUUAUAAAAUAUAUAUUAACUUUUAGUGUGUUGUUUAAACAAAUGACUGGAACAUACUAAAGAUAGUAGGAUUUUUCUGAAUAUUUCAGACUUGAACUCAGGCUAGCUUUCUUGUGUUUUUCAAAACAAAAUGGUGUCUUGUCUUUUAAAAUCAAUAAAUUUGUUUCCUUGUUACAAAUAAA